CAGUAUAUUGCCUAAAGAAGAUUAAACCCAAAGCCAGGCAUGUGGCUAGGCCAGAGAACCAGCUCCCUUCUCUGAAGAAGGGAUCGGAAGAACCCUGCAGUUGCCAAUGGGCAGCCAUCUGUGGGAGCGAGCGGACUGAGCUUUGCCCUCUCUGAGGUGGAGGGUAGGGUGAGAAGGUGCCGAAGGACAAAGUAGACAAAACCCCUUUCAUUCUUCCAGGACCCCCUAGAUGGAAGAGAAGAGGCGAAAAUACUCCAUCAGCAGCGACAACUCUGACACCACUGACAGUCACGCUACAACUGCAUCACGAUGCUCCAAACUGCCCAGCAGCACCAAGUCGGGCUGGCCCCGGCAGAACGAAAAGAAGCCCUCGGAGGUUUUCCGGACAGACUUGAUCACAGCCAUGAAGAUCCCAGACUCCUGCCAGCUCAGCCCGGAUGACUACUACAUCCUGGCGGACCCAUGGCGACAGGAAUGGGAGAAGGGCGUGCAGGUGCCCGCGGGGGCAGAGGCUAUUCCAGAGCCCGUGGUGAGGAUCCUCCCGCCGCUGGAAGGCCCCCCUACCCAGGUGUCCCCUAGCAGCUCUGAACUUGGCGAGGGCUCCCAGCCUGAUUGGCCUGGGGGCAGCCGCUAUGACCUGGACGAGAUUGAUGCCUACUGGCUGGAGCUCAUCAACUCGGAGCUCAAGGAGAUGGAGAGGCCCGAGCUAGACGAGCUGACGCUGGAGCGUGUGCUGGAGGAGCUAGAGACCCUGUGCCACCAGAAUAUGGUGCGGGCCAUCGAGACUCAGGAGGGCUUGGGCAUCGAGUAUGAUGAGGACGUCGUCUGUGAUGUGUGUCGCUCUCCCGAGGGUGAAGAUGGCAAUGAGAUGGUCUUCUGUGACAAAUGCAACGUCUGCGUGCACCAGGCAUGCUACGGGAUCCUCAAGGUGCCCACGGGCAGCUGGCUGUGCCGGACGUGUGCCCUGGGUGUCCAGCCAAAGUGCCUGCUCUGCCCCAAACGAGGAGGAGCCUUGAAGCCCACCAGAAGCGGGACCAAGUGGGUGCACGUCAGCUGCGCUCUGUGGAUUCCUGAGGUCAGCAUUGGGUGUCCAGAGAAGAUGGAGCCCAUCACCAAGAUCUCGCAUAUCCCAGCCAGCCGCUGGGCUCUGUCCUGCAACCUCUGCAAGGAGUGCACAGGCACCUGCAUCCAGUGUUCCAUGCCUUCCUGCGUCACAGCGUUCCACGUCACGUGCGCUUUUGACCAUGGCCUGGAAAUGCGGACUAUCUUAGCAGACAACGACGAGGUAAAGUUCAAGUCGUUCUGCCAGGAGCACAGUGACGGGGGCCCUCGGGGGGAGCCCACUUCCGACCCCACGGAGCCCAGCCCCGCCGGCGAGGACCUGGAGAAGGUGACCGUGCGCAAGCAGCGGUUGCAGCAGCUGGAGGAAGACUUCUACGAGCUGGUGGAGCCAGCCGAGGUGGCUGAGCGGCUGGAGCUAGCCGAGGCGCUGGUUGACUUCAUCUACCAGUACUGGAAGCUGAAGAGGAAAGCCAACGCCAACCAGCCCCUGCUGACCCCCAAGACCGAUGAGGUGGACAACCUGGCCCAGCAGGAGCAGGAUGUCCUGUACCGCCGCCUCAAGCUCUUCACACACCUGCGGCAGGACCUGGAGAGGGUUAGAAAUCUGUGCUACAUGGUGACAAGGCGCGAGAGAACGAAGCACGCCAUCUGCAAACUGCAGGAGCAGAUAUUCCACCUGCAGAUGAAACUGAUUGAACAGGAUCUGUGUCGAGAGGGGUCUGGGAGGAGAGCAAAGGGCAAGAAGAGUGACUCGAAAAGGAAAGGCCGUGAGGGCCCGAAGGGCAGCCCAGAGAAGAAAGAGAAAGUGAAGGCGGGGCCCGACUCAGUCCUGGGGCAGCUGGGCCUGUCCACCUCCUUCCCCAUCGAUGGCACCUUCUUCAACAGCUGGCUGGCUCAGUCAGUGCAGAUCACGGCGGAGAACAUGGCCAUGAGCGAGUGGUCACUGAACAAUGGGCACCGUGAAGACCCCGCUCCGGGGCUGCUGUCAGAGGAGCUGUUGCAAGACGAGGAGACGCUGCUGAGCUUCAUGCGGGACCCCUCUCUGCGACCUGGGGACCCUGCCAGGAAGGCCCGGGGCCGCACCCGCCUGCCUGCCAAGAAGAAGCCACCACAGGAUGGGCCUGGCUCACGGACGACUCCAGACAGAUCCCCCAAGAAGCCCUGGGGCCAGGAUGCAGGCAGUGGCAAGGGGGGGCAAGGGCCAGUGGCCCGGAAACCAACACGGCGAACGCCUUCCCACCUGCCGUCUAGCCCUGCAGCUGGGGACUGUCCCAUCCCAGCAGCCCCCGAGAGCCCCCCUCCUCUGGCCCCCGAGACCCCGGACGAGGCAGCCCCAAUGGCUGCCGACUCGAAUGUCCAAGUGCCUGGCCCUACAGUGAGCCCCAAGCCCUUGGGCCGGCUCCGGCUGCCCCGCGAAAACAAGGGAACCCGGAGAUCGCCAGGUGCCAGGCCUGAUGCUGGGACAGGACCGCCCUCUGCUGUGGCCGAGAGGCCCAAGGUCAGCCUACACUUUGACACUGAGACCGAUGGUUACUUCUCUGAUGGGGAGAUGAGCGACUCAGAUGUGGAAGCUGAGGACAGUGGGGUGCAGCGGGCUCCCCGGGAAGCAGGGGCUGAGGAGGUGGUCCGCAUGGGGGUGCUGGCCUCCUAAGUCACCCCCUACCCCGUCCCAGGCCCUGCCCUGGUCCUCCCGUGAGGCCUCAGCCCAGUCACAACUGCCAUUUCCAAUCUCUGCUGAGUGUCUCAGACCCUUGAGACUGCCACUCUGUUGUGGUUUUAUUUUUAAUAUAGAGAGAGUUUUGAAUUCCACACUGUUGUCUUUCUUCUGUGCUGGCCUAGGACAGUAGGAUUCCUUCCACGGCUCUGGCCGCAGGGACUGUCGCAGGUCCUGUGCACCAUCCCUGCCUGGGCAGUGCCCCGCCCUGGCCCACGCGGCGUCGCUGGGCUCCUGGCUAGAUGUAGGCAAGGUGAAGAAGAGCUCAGGCCUCCAGCCCGCUGCCACUGGGUGACACAGACCGUCGUUUGGGCAUUAUUUCACGGCAGAUGGGCCAGCCCAGGGCCUGCCCCGCCUUGCCCCCAAAUCCCACUGGGGUCCAUUUGGGGGGUCCUGCUGCACUCCACUGAUCCCCAAGGAAGUAUGCUAAGUGAUACCCAGCCAGAGUCUACUCACUGUCACAAGCACAACGAGCUUAUACAAGAAAGCACUGAGGGGGCGCAGAGGGACCGCUGGUUCCAGAGGAACCACAGCUGUUCCUGAUCAACCCACAUCAUCUGAGGCCUGCCCGCCCACCCCGCGACCCCCCACUCCCUUGCUGCUCCGCCCCUGCCAGUGCCCAGCCCGGCGGCUCUGAGAAAGGGUUCCUAGAAUCCUUCCUGAGCUGUGCCAUUUACUCAGGGGACUCCCAAACAGCCAGCCGCCAGUGCCGGUGGGAGCUGCAAGGGAGGGCCAGUGCCCAGACAGGGGUGUGGGGCUCAGACUCACCCACUUAGAGAAUUGCUCUGGGGCUCCAACUUCCUUCCUUCCUUCGGGGCCAGUCUCGGCCGAAGUCUGGUCACUCCCAGACAGCUGACCUGACCAGACCAGACCGUUUGCCUUUCCAAGUUUUCCAGUCCUGCUAAGAGACGAGCUUCUUCCUCGGUUUCCUUUUGGAAACUCCUCCUUCCAACAAGCAGUGGGAUCCCGGGGCCUGGGGCAGAUUUCAAGUCUUGCUGGAUGUUCCUGGUUCCUCUGUCCCUGUGAGCCGUUACCCCCUCUCCUGGGUAUGCCCUCCCUCCCCACCACCGACCCACCUGCCGCCUUUUCCGUCCCACCCUCUAGGUCCCAGGUAGUUGCUCUGAAGAGUUUCAGUGGAGUGGCCCCAGGGUGAUAGCUCAGGGAACAAACACAAAAGGAAUUCAGUGAAAACAUGGGUUUUUUUCUUUCAUGAAUUACUCCUGGGUCACUUCCGCCACUGGUGAAGCCAGAACUUCUCCAACAAGAACCUUGCAAAAGUCCAGUGAAUCAGUCGAAUCAUUCUAUGGAUGCCAAAGAAUAUUUUGACCAUAAUACAGCACAGCCUGGACCUGACAACUUGUCACUUGGACUUUUUUUUUUUUUUUUUAAAUGGAGUUCUUUAGCAACAAAGUGUAGAGACAUGUUCAUUGCACACACCCAAGGAGGCGAGCCCAAGCUCUUGGAAGAGGGUGCUGUUCUGCUGCUGAACUGUUAGAAUCGGGAAGCGGGAACCAGCGCUGGAUUUCAGAUCCUGGGCUGGGCCCACUGUGAGCUUUCCCAAACUCUGAGACUCAACCGGGGGUGGGGGGGGUAGAAUACCGACCACAAAACCAGCAUGGCGAAAGUCUUCACCAUGUGGUUCCCCCCAACACAAAUACACAACGCAGAUCAGCGGGAUGGGGAGCAGCGUGACCACCCACCCCCGACUGCAGAACUUUCAAGGUACGACAGUGGCAUUGUCAUCGACACUCAGUUUCGUGUGAAUUUUAGCAAAACAGGAAGCAAAGACAGGACUCCGUUCAGAAGAUUGGGCACAUUGGUCCGGGUGGAGUGGACUCAGGGCGGGCUUCCAGGAUUCUGGGCGUUGGGAUGGCACAAGGCACCGUGGAGAGUUCAGUCCGCCUGCCUCCUUGGGAGUCCCGGCCAGUGCGGCGUCUGCACCAGCGGCCCAACCCCCGUUCUCUGUUUACUGCCUUUGAACAGUCGUCCUUCCUUCCCCGUGCUUUGGGUCACAGUCUUGUCUGUGCUGGAUUGCCCGGUCUGACCUCGCAGGAAGCCAGGGGACGCGAUUAAAGAGCGACCAACUCUGCCGGGGGUGGGGGUGGGGUGCCGGGAAUGGCUCAGGCCCAAUAGACUCAGCCCUUGCCCCCUCACCCCUCCACGCGUCCCGAGGCAGAGUCUGGGCUCCCCCGGGGGCAGGAGAGAAUGCAGCCUGGCUGGCCAGGGUCUGGUCUGGGUCGGCCAGGUGGGGCAGCCAGCUCUCUUCAGGGGGCCUCUGCCCAAGUUGGCCUCUGGAUUCUCUUCUGUGUUGGCUCUUGGCUUUGGACUGGACUCUCCCUGGGGCCAUGUCCUGCACAGGGCCCAGGGAUCUGUUCAGCCAGCCGGUGAGGGAUGUGGGGGGCCUUCACUCCCAGGCCAGCCCUAGGGCUGUUCUUGCCGGGCAGCUGUCCACCUCUAGGAUGCCCAGCAAGGCUACACAGAGGUCAGAGAUGCUGAUCCCCACCACUGUCAUUUCCUCCAUUAGCCACAGCCCCUUCCCUCUCUGGUCUACUGCCCGCCGUGUAGACAGCUUUGCCACCCCUGGCAUUGAGGUUGGAAACAGGGAAGAAGGCAGGAGGCCUUUUGCAGGCCAGAGGCUGAGGCAGAGCUCCUGGUUGACCACAUCUGCCCCCACUCACUGGCCCUCUUCUGGGAGGGAGAAGCUGCUCUGUUACUCAUUCUGUCAUUCCCCAUUCUCCCAGUCCUGGCUGCACAGCUCCUCCCUCCCCCUCAUCACAGCAAGAAAAGGAUAUGGUGCACGGAAAGUAUUUUUAUGGAUCAUAAAUGUAUUUUAAAGUGAGGAAGGAGAAGAAAGGUAGAAGCUUUAUUUUAUUAAAUGAGCUCUCUGACUUUGUGACAGUGUGUGAGCGUUUGUAAUGUCAGGGUCUCGAUUUCCUUCGAGAAGCCACCAAGGUUCCAGACGUGGGUGCCGGACUGUAGGUGUGUGCACCUGGGCCAGGGUGCAUGCCCUGUGUCCUUGCGCAUGCGUGUCUGUGUGUUGUGUAUGGGCACAUUGUGGGACUGGCUGGGGCAAUUUUUAGGGAAUCAACUGCCCACUACUAACACAUUGGCGGCAGCUGGACUGGGCAUUUCCUUGCUCACUGCCAGAUGUGGUUAACCUCUGCCCGUGCCCGGAGCUCUGCAGAAUGGUCUGGAUGCCGCAGCAAGGCCCUGGGGGAGGCCGCUUCCCACGCUCCGGCCCGGCUGGCCACAUUGGCCAAGGAGCCAGGGCUGGAGUCCGUUCUUUAAGGCACUUCCUGCCACCUUGUCCCUCAGACGCACCAACACUCUGUGCUCCACAAACGACUCGGGGUGGGGGGAUGAUAUGAAUGUCACAGGAGGUGACACCUUCUGUCCUUGUUUCAAAGAAAGUGAUGUGCCAUUUGUUAAUAUACAAGAGAAAUACUGAAAAUAUAUUGAAAAGAGCAAUUUUAAAUUAUUUUUGGCUUAUGUUGCAAUAUUUAUUUUCUUGUAUUAGAAAAGAUUCCUUUGUAGAGAAAAAAAUGUAUUUUUCAUUAACGCAAAGACCUAUUUCCCCUUUUUGUACAUUGUCCACGUUCGCUCCCCUUAACGAGCAAUAGAAUGUACGGCCGCCUUGCUGCGGCCGGAGCCCGCGCGCCCUGCAUGAUUCUGUGUUGCUGCUGCUGCUGCGUAGCUCCCACUCCCAUCCUGUCCUGCUCACUCAUGGGGGUUUCCGGACCCCGGCCCCCACCAGGGCCUGUGUCUCAAGGAGCCCUUUGCACUCCUCGUGUGUUGGCAAACGCAGUGAAUAAAGCAAUGUUUUCC